ACAUGCAGGAGUGUCUAUUAAUAACAUGGCUUUCCUAAAUGAUGCUGUGUGUCAGAGACUCGUACAUAGCCCUCCACAGAACCGGCAACACUGUUUAGACGGGGUAGUCAUUGGUUCGUGCGCAUUAAGCCAGAUUUAUCAUUUUGCGUCAAAUGUCUGGCGGCUCCGCGGCGGAGACCCUGAGCGACCGCGUCCUCAUCGUCGGGAAGACGUCACUUAAAGGUGCACCGCGUCUUUAACUUCACUGCGUUCCUGCUCCAACAUCCACAUCUGGGAUAAACAAACAUGUCUGGCAGAGGGAAAACCGGAGGUAAAACCAGGGCGAAGGCCAAGUCCCGGUCGUCCCGGGCCGGACUGCAGUUCCCGGUGGGCCGCGUCCACAGGCUGCUGCGUAAAGGCAACUACGCGGAGCGCGUCGGAGCCGGAGCCCCGGUGUAUCUGGCCGCCGUGCUGGAGUAUCUGACCGCAGAGAUCCUGGAGCUGGCUGGAAACGCCGCCAGGGACAACAAGAAGACCCGCAUCAUCCCCCGACACCUGCAGCUGGCCGUGCGCAACGACGAGGAGCUGAACAAGCUGCUGGGAGGCGUCACCAUCGCGCAGGGAGGAGUGCUGCCCAACAUCCAGGCCGUGCUGCUGCCCAAGAAGACCGAGAAACCGGCCAAGAGCAAGUAAAAACCAGCCAGAGACUGCGGCCGCGAGGCCGAGCCCUUUUUAUUAUGUGCGUCUUUUUUGGUUUUUGCGUCCUGAUAUUGAAGUAUGAGAAUAAAACUGUGUGCGUCACCGGGAGAUUUCCGACUGCUCCUGCUGCUGGGUUUCUUGGCUUGGAAAAAUGGAGGAUAAUGGAGGAGAGAAUGAAGACCAUCGCAAGAAAAAGAAAAAAAACUUUUAUAUGGAGUGAUUUGGAAUUGUCGCACUGUAUCAUGUGUGGUGUUUCAUUACAGACUGUUUAUUCCCAUCAGCACGGGGUCCGGGCUGCAGGCGCUGCCUAAAGACGGAAUUAUGGUUCUGCGUUAAAUCUACGCCGUAGGCUCUGCAUUGGUGUAACGGAACUAUAAAUCACCCUUAAUGGAGCAUCUUUGUUGAUACACAUGCAGUGGCGUCAAUUCAGUCGAAGCUAAGGUAUGGCAAGGUUACGAGUCACAUUAACUAGAGUAUCAAUCAACACGU